CUGUACCUGAGCUGUGUGACUCUCUUCUUCCCACUGUUUCCAGGACUCUGGGGUCUGGUCAACAACAAUGGCAUCUCCAUCUCCUUGGGUCCCAGUGGGUGGCUGAACAAAGAGGACUUUGCAAAGGUACUGGAUGUGAACCUGUUGGGCAUGAUUGAGGUGACCCUGAGCAUGCUGUCCUUAGUGAGGAAGGCAAGAGGCCGUGUGGUCAACAUCUCCAGCGUCAUGGGUCGAGUGUCUUUCCCUGGUAGUGUUCCUUACAACAUCUCCAAGUGUGGUGUAGAAGCCUUCUCGGACUCCCUCAGAAGGGAGCUCUCCUAUUUUGGGGUGAAGGUGGCUAUUAUAGAGCCUGGUGUCUUCAAGACUGCUUUGAGCAGUAGUGACAGGUUAUCAUCAAACAUGAAUAUGGUAUGGGACCAGGCCAGCUCAGAGGUCAAAGAAAUUUAUGGCGAGAACUUCCUGGCAUCCUAUCUCUCAAUGCUAAAGUCAUUGGACCAAAAGUGUAAUGAGGACCUCUCCUUGGUGACAGACUGCAUGGAGCACGCACUGACUUCCUGUCACCCUCGCACUCGAUACUCAGCUGGUUGGGAUGCCAAGCUCUUCUACCUCCCCAUGAGCUACCUGCCUACCUUUCUUGUGGAUGCCAUGAUCUACUGGACAUCCAUAAAGCCUGCCAAAGCUCUGUGAAGCCUACAUCUGUUUCUGUAGUUGGGGGUAUGUGAGUGUAGUGUGAGGGAACAGAUCCUCAGGAGGAAGAAGAUUCCUAGGAUCAGUACAAUCUUGUCAUUGGCAGGAAUAUCCAUAGUGGCCUGACUCCUCUUUGUCAUUAUAAAUUUGGAGGAAAUAGAGCCAAAGGAAAAACUACUAUGUUUAAACAAAUGUCUCCACUUGGGGUGAAAAUAGAAACUGAUCUUCCAUG